GCCUCCAUUCACAGCUGGGCUGCGCUAUAUAGAACACGUGCGGCGGAGAAAUAGCAUUUCCUGAGGGAGGAGAGAGGAUGGAGAGAGCGGUGAGAGAGAAAGAGAGCAACGAGAAGGAGGAAGGGAGAGACGAAAGUGUGUGAAGCUGGCCCAGGCACUCAGAGAUGUAAGUGUGUUCUGUGUGGCGGAUUAGAAGAAGGAGCUAAAGAGACUUUUUUUUUACCUUCAGUUAGCAACGGAAGCAGCUAUGCAGGACUCAACCUGGGAUUGUGUGGGUGCAGUAAGCCACAGGCAUGGCAUUGGUCCAGUCCCUUCCAGUGACUACUGACCACCAACCUUCAGGUCUAGAGAGCCGUAGACAACGUUCCUCUCCUGUUUCACCACCAUCUCUAGGGGGCAUGGGCUCUGUAAGCAGUAUGAUCCCCAGCCACACCGCAUACCACGGCCGGAACAACCUAGAGGUCACGGCUCAGCUCCGCCGUGGUACGCCGGGCUCAGGGCGACUCCUCUCUGAUUCCUCUCAUGAAGGAAUUUUUGCAAGUCAAACACCAUCCAGUAAGAGGAAGGCCAUAGCAGCUCGAGGGAAAGGAAUUGGCGGGCGAUCAUAUUCACAUGAAGAUCUGAUCACUGAUUGGAAUGACAACUGGUUGGAUUCAGGUCAUAGUGGAGGGGAGAUGGGUGUGGAUGGGCCUCCUAAACUGGUGCCUGUUUCUGGGCAGUUAGAGAGGAAUGUACAGCAGGCAAUCAUCCGACCAACAGCUUUCAAGCCUGUCGUGCCAAAGAGCCGAAAUGCUAUGCAGUAUCUCUCACCACGCCGAGGUGGAGGCUUAUCGGGAAGCCAGGGAAACCUCAGUGUACUCUCUCCAGAACAAGAUGCUGUCAGCUCAGUAACCACAGAAAGACGCAGCUCUUACAGUGGAGCUCGAAAUGGCUUGUUCAGUCAGUCCUUCACUAUGACGGACUCGGGGAGGAACUCUUUAACCAACUUGAAUGCAUACAGUGGCCCUGUUUAUAGUUUAAACCAAACAGAAACAAGCAAGCCUGUGCUUAGCCAUGGACACUCCAAUUCAGACAGUGGGCGGUCAUCUUCUAGCAAAAGCACAGGGUCUCUUGGAAGUCGCAGUCAACCGGGUAUAUCAGACAUGGGAUCAGGCGGACCUUCUCCUCCACCGAUUGAGGCUUAUGAGGCCAUUGUGAGAGACUUGGAGGAAAAAUUGAGAGAGAGAGAGCUGGAGCUACGGCACCUGAGAGAAAACCUGGAUGAGAAUGAGGUGGCUAUCUGUCAGGUGUAUGAAGAGAAGCAGAAACGCAGUGAGCUAGAGAUGGAAGAAUUGCGACAGAGCUGUGCCACUAAAAUGCAGAAGGCAUCACAGAAGGCCCAGCGGGCCCAGCAGCUCCUUCAGUUCCAGAUAUUUCAGCUUCAGCAGGAGAAAAAGAAACUACAAGAUGACUUUGCACAAAUCCUGCAGCAACGUGAGCGACUUGAGGAACGCUGUGCCUCCUUCGAAAGGGAACAUACACAACUGGGACCAAGACUGGAGGAGACCAAAUGGGAGGUGUGUCAGAAGACAGGUGAGAUCUCUUUGCUAAAACAGCAGCUGAAGGACUUGCAGGCAGACUUGUCUCAGCGAGUGGGAGAGGUGGUGACACUACGAGGGCAGAUGCGGGAGGUGCGGGCUGAGCUUCAGAAUAGCCAGAGCCAACUGCAGGAGGCACACACGCAAACACGCACUCGAGCCCUCGAGCUGGAGGUGUGUGAGAACGAGCUGCAACGGCGCAAGAGCGAGAACGAGCUGCUGCGAGAAAAAAUGAGACGUCUGGAGGAGGAGUCGAUGCGGCUCCGGCAGGCUUUGAACGAAUAUGCUGAGGCUUCACCUCUCAUGCAGGAAUCAGGCUACAGAGGAGGAGCAGGUGGUGGUGCAAGUAUUGAGGAACAAAGGCUGGCAAGUGAGGGUGAAGAGGUCAAAGGUCAACGUGAAAGUUCCAGGCAGCAGGUGGAGAGGCUGAAAGGUGAGCUGGCUCGCCAGAGGCAGCUGGUCGAGGAUCAGGCGGCGGCCUUUGAGAAUGAGCGCCACUGCUGGGAAGAAGAGAAGGACAAAGUGAUUCGUUAUCAAAAGCAGCUGCAGCAGAACUAUGUUCAGAUGUACCGGCGCAACCGUGAGCUCGAGGCAGCCCUGCGCGAGCUCAGCCUUGAGUUGGAGAAACGGGAGCAAGACGAUGAGAGCAGCGGCAAUGAGGUCACCUUUGACGAUGUUGCUGCAACUGAGAUAUAACAUUGUACAGGCCAAAUUCAACUCGCUUAUUCACAGUUGCAUACUGUAUUUAAUCAAUGCCCGGUUGACUCAAGUCAUCACUUUUAAAUUCAUAGCAAUAUCCAAACACAAAUAUAUGGGUUUCACUUGGAUUCACUUGCACUAAAACAUGAAGCAGCCAUCUAUCAAUAAACUCAAAAGUUGACAGAAGAUCAACAAUAGUUAUUUUUUUCUAACUAGUAUUCUGACAAAUCCCACAUUCUGCACCAGAUGUGGCUAGUAGUCCUUGUGUACUAGGAGUUCACUGACUAGACAGUUGAAAUGCCAGAUUACGGAAGGUGCAGAUAUGAUGCAGAAAAGGGAUUUCUCAGAAUAUUGGUAAGGAACAUGUAAUGCUUCUUCUUUUGAAUUCUUUUGCUUUCAUUUCUAUAGUGAAAUAAUCAACCUCCAGACUGUCCAGUUAGUGAAACCUGGUUAGUUCAGUUAGUUAAACCUGGUCAGUGGAGCCAGAACCAAUCCCAGUAACACUGGGCAGGACACAUACAUCCUGGAUGUGACUCCAGUUCAUCACGACACCAUGCACAAACACAUUUGACAAAUUCCUCUAUAAGGUCACCUUUUGCCUAUUCUAAAUUAUUAGCAAUACAAGUAAUGUUUAAAGGCACAGGAGGCAAAGCCCCUACUUUCUGAUCCAUCUGAAUUAAAAUGGCAGUGACUAAAAGAAUCUUUUGGGUUACAUGUCCAAACAUUUUAACCCUUUUAAUUCAACAUAACCUCCUGUCAGAGUGACGUAAGAAUCAUCUCUGUAAUCUAAUUACAAAUAUUAUUUUGUAUCAUUUUAAUGUCAUAUUAAUUAGAAUAGUAAUAGGUUAUUUUGACCCAAACGAAACAAAGAUUUAAAAAAACAACCUGUCUUUCUUACAUUAUCAUAUUGAACAUAAUUUCACAUAUACAGGACCCUGAAGUGGUUAUUAAAUGUUUGUAUUUUAUUAUAUUUAGGUCAUGAAUAUGUCACAUUUAAUGUGACUGUAUAAUGUAGGCUAAGUCAACUCAACUGUCUUGAGUUGCUCUCUGUACAGUACAUCACACAAAGUGUAUAGUUAAAGUUUAUGUGUCUCAUGAGACUAGUUGUACUUGCCUCUGUUUGUUGCGUAUAAUGCAAUCAUGCUCAUAUACAGUUUGUAAGCUGUAGAACUAAAAGUUAUGCCGAUUAAAUAUCUAAUUAUGGAAUGGUGUCUCAGGAGACAUCACUUCAGCAAUGUACACCUGCUUUGCCUGACAUUUGAAUGUUUGAUAAUUAAUUCAAGAGUCACUCAAGUGCACUUUGUGUGUGAAGCGGUUGUGUGGUUUGAGUGUUUAUCCCACCUCAUCAUACAUUAGCUGUGAAAAUUUACACCUCAUGUUGAAGUUGCAAAAAGCAGAUAAAAAAACUCAAAAAUAAAACAUAACUCAAUGUUCCCAUACCAAAAGACAUUUACUUAGACGUGCUUGUGUACACACAUUCAUAUAAGUUAGGAUUGAGGAUUCUUUGAUUCCUAAAUGGGUUCAACUGGCUCUGCUCUGGAAAUACUUUGUAUUUCCUCAGAGGGGCAAGCUGAAAAGCUAUUUAAAAGGGGUGGACAAAUCAGUAACCUGGGUGCCUGAGACAAAUAGAUUACGUGUAUUGGAUUUUAAUAAUUUAGUCGUAGUGGACAAGUUGGUGUAACAGCUAAAAAAGAAAACAGCUUACUACCGAAUUUUGACAGACCAAAUGUUGAGCUGAAAUCUACAUCUUAUAUAUGAAACACUGACCAAUGACUUGUUGUAGAGACCAGGAACCUGAUGUGAUCAAAUACUAUACUUAAGUCACUCAAUAUAUUUAUUAAGACUGGUAAGCACAUUAGAGAUUUUGCUUACCGUUUGGGCUGGCUAAGGAUUUUAUGAUUUGUCCACUCCUGUUUUAGGAUUCCCUAUAGAACCUUUAUCUUUCUACGAGUAUAGUAAAGCAACAACAACAACAACAACAAAAUUGUAUAGUA